AUGUCGAAUAACGAUGAUAUUUUACUCACCUUCGAUAGCCGGGUCGCUAUAGUCACCCUCAACCGGCCCAGAAAACUCAAUGCUUUGACAGCAUCCCUCUACUACGCCUUGGGAGAAGUACUUCGACAGAUCGAUACAAGAGACGACAUACUCAUCACGGUCAUUACAGGCACCGGCCGCUUUUUCUCAGCUGGCGCGGACGUAAGUGCAGGCACUUUGGACGACGACGCCAGCGGCAGCAAUGCUCGACUCGCCGCUCUGCGGUCGUUUGCCGCCGUGACACUCGACGUUACGCGGGCAUUUUAUCAGCAUCGAAAAAUCCUGGUUGCCGCCCUCAAUGGACCGGCAGUGGGUCUCUCUGCGGCACUGGUGGCUCUGGCCGACUUCAUCUACGCUGCUCCCCACACCUACCUGCUCGCCCCCUUCUCUUCCAUUGGCUCUCUCGCCGAAGGGGCUUCUUCCCGGACAUUUAUACAGCGACUCGGGGCCAGCAAGGCCAAUGAAGCACUUAUCAUGGGCAAACGGAUCACGUCCGAUGAGCUCCAAGCAGCUGGGUUUGUGAACAUGGUCAUGUCACCGGCAUCCGGCAAGCAGGACGACAGCGCAGGCUUCCUGAAAGAGGUUCUCAACGAGGUUAACGAUCGUCUGGGUAUCCAUCUCAAUGCCAGCAGUAUGUUGGCAAUAAAGGAGCUGAUUCGUCAACCCGAGCGAGAACUAUUGGAUCAACAAAAUCUUCGGGAGGUGGUGGCAGGAACCGAACGUUUCGCGUCAGGGGUUGUGCAAGCCAGGUUCAAGGCUCUCGCUGGUGGUGCAAGACAUAAACUAUGA